AUGGGUAGAAGAAAAAUCGAAAUCGAGCCAAUAAGAGAUGAUAGGAACAGACUCGUUACAUUUAUAAAACGGAAACAAGGUUUGUUCAAGAAAGCACAUGAGUUGGCCGUUCUAUGUGAAGUCGAUGUUGCUGUUAUUAUCCUUGGCAGUAACGAUACCUUUUAUGAGUUUUCAUCUGUAGACACAAAUCAACUACUGGAUGCCUAUCAGAAUAAGCCGGAACUGCACCACGACUGCUGUGACCCUUCAGCAUUUGGUGACUUCAAGAAGAACAAAACAACAAUUCUUCACCACAGCCGAUCCACUGCUAGACCAACAAACACUACCACGAAAGACAUAUCAAUGAGUCAAAUAGAAGAUACCACAGGCGAUGAAGACGAAGAUGAGAGCAAUACAAAAGAUGAAGACACAAACAACUAUACCUAUCACAAUAAAGAGCCAGACAAUCGAUAUAACUCUAGCAUCAGUGAUAUUUCUAAAACUAGGGACAAUUCUCAAUUUAUCUCAAAUAACAAUAGAGGUUUCCCGAAAAGACCAUUUGUGCAAACAAUGGACUCCUUUGACAAUAAUAGUAGUGAUAACAGUUCUUCAGACACGAAUAACACUAAACGUAUGAGAUUCGAUAAUCAGAAUAGCUCAGGGAGGUUCAGUGUUAAUCAAAAUAGCACAACUGCAUUACAUGAUAGUAAUCAGAAUCCAACACAGCUGGAACAGCAAUCACUGCAGCAGCAGGGUCUGCCACAGCCACCGCAACUACAGCAACAAUCACUGGAGCAACAACAACAGCAACAACCACAAGAAUUCCAACCUGGAAACUCAACAGGUUUAUCCAAUAAUUUACAACAACAUGUGCAAAAACAGUUCCAGAAUUUGUUCAUGAUGACCAAAGGUGCAAGACAAAUGCCUAAACCAAUAGGACUAUCCCAGUCGUUCUCAUCUAUGAAUGGUGGCCAACCCUCCGAUGAGGAUUCACUAACCCCUGUAAUGAAUCCAAAUUCAUCAGGUAGCUCUGAUCAGAACAAUGGUAGUGAAAAUAUAUCGAAUGAAAUGAUGUCGGAAAACAAGGAAAAUAGUACGAUUCAAGAAGAUCUUUCAGCUGAGAGCAAUGAAAGAAAUGAUACCCCUAGUGAAGGCGGUCCGCCCAAACCGAACCUUACUGUAGAUAUACCAAGCAAUCAAUUUGUUAAUAGUGCAACAAUACAUGAUGACACUUCAUCAGUUUCCACAAAUGGACAGAGGCAAUACCAGAUACAAUUGAAUGGAAUCAACUCAAAUGAUAACUUACUCAAGAAUUUAUCUCCAAUAUCAUCUAACCCAUUAUCUGCAUUUGAUAGGUCAAACCAAUCAAAGUUGAUAUGGAAAACCCCAAGUGGAUUAACACCAGGCUUACCAGCAGUACUAUCAUUUUCUCCCACUACCACACAAUUCCAAGGUACCACUCCAAUCAACACAAUGCUGCCGACGCGCAAUAGCAUUGCUAGUGAGAACCAAUUAGAAAGUCUCAACAAUCCUAAUUUUCUGCAGUCUCAAUCUUCUUCGCUGGGCGACGCAUCUGCUAUGAAAAAACCCUCUUUACAACCAUUGCAUACAAUUACUGGGAAUGGCAAUGAUGUACCUGCAAUGGGACCACCUACGGGAUCGAUGCCAUCUAAAUACAUACAAGACUUGAUGGUUUCGUCACCUAAUAAUCCCUCAAUGCCAAUGUUCCCAGACUGGUCACUGGGUCCCACGAAUAGAGGCGCUCAACAACCUCAGGAGAACACAUAUGAUCCAUCUCAUGGGAACACAGGGUUGACCCCAUUUCUACAAACAGGCCAGACACCAACCACAAGAUUCUUCAGUUUCAACAGCGAUAUGUCUGAAGAGAGAAGCACCAAGUAA